GUGCGCAGACGGAGCGCGCUGAGCGGAGGGGGGUGGUGGCCGGUCGCUUGUCCCGCGUCCGCCAUUUUGUUGCUGUGGCUAUUGGGAACGGGCUGGUCCAAACUGCCCCGGAGGCACGAAGCUCUCUGGAGUCCGGUGCUUCGUGUGACGGCGUGGGGGGUCCGUGAAGACUUGUGGGGCUGCGGAGCCGGUGCGUUCUAGGCCGGGAGUCACCGGAGCCACCCCCUCCCGGCCCCGGGACGCCAGGCAGCCAGAUAACCCCGGGGCGGCCUCCGCUGCGGCUCGGCGUCGCCCGCCCAAGGCUCUGCCCCGCAUCCCCCCGGGCCGGCUCUCUGUGUGAGGCGGCCUCGGAGCAGGCGGGCGGCGGCAGAGGAUGCUGCGGGCCCGGAGCCCAGAGAAAGGUGCUGGCCGGGCCGUGUGAGCGCGCUCCGCGGUGUGCCCAGAGGCCCUGCCUCGGCCCCAGCGCCGUCUGCCGAGCUUCCAGGCUUCCAGGGCGGGCGAGAGCAGCCGCCACCCCGCCGUCGGCCCGACACCAUGUCUUCGGCCAGGUUCGACUCCUCAGACCGCGCCUCCUGGUACAUGGGGCCGGUGUCUCGCCAGGAGGCGCAGACCCGGCUCCAGGGCCAGCGCCACGGCAUGUUCCUGGUGCGCGACUCCUCCACCUGCCCCGGGGAUUACGUGCUCUCGGUGUCGGAGAACUCGCGGGUCUCCCACUAUAUCAUCAACUCGCUGCCCAACCGCCGCUUUAAGAUCGGGGACCAGGAGUUCGACCACUUGCCGGCCCUGCUGGAGUUCUACAAGAUCCACUACCUGGACACCACCACCCUCAUCGAGCCCGCGCCCAGGUAUCCAAGCCCACAAAUGGGAUCUGUCUCGGCACCCAACCUGCCUAUAGCAGAAGAAAAUCUGGAAUAUGUACGGACUCUCUAUGAUUUUCCUGGGAAUGAUGCUGAAGACCUGCCUUUUAAAAAAGGUGAGAUCCUGGUGAUAGUAGAGAAGCCUGAAGAACAGUGGUGGAGCGCCCGGAACAAGGAUGGUCGGGUCGGGAUGAUCCCUGUUCCUUAUGUUGAAAAGCUCGUGAGAUCCUCGCCACACGGAAAGCACGGAAAUAGGAAUUCCAAUAGCUAUGGGAUCCCAGAACCUGCUCAUGCGUAUGCUCAACCUCAGACCACAACUCCUCUACCUGCAGUUUCCAGUACUCCUGGGGCAGCCAUCAACCCCUUGCCAUCCACACAGAAUGGACCUGUCUUUGCGAAAGCAAUCCAGAAAAGAGUGCCCUGUGCUUACGACAAGACAGCCUUGGCAUUAGAGGUUGGUGACAUUGUGAAAGUCACGAGGAUGAAUAUAAACGGCCAGUGGGAAGGCGAGGUGAACGGGCGCAAGGGGCUUUUCCCCUUUACGCAUGUCAAAAUCAUUGACCCUCAAAACCCGGAUGAAAACGAGUGAUUACUGUCGCCCUGGCUCCUGCUGCUUCGUUGUUCUGCGUGUCAUAGUCUCCUUUGAAGUGGGAAAGUGUUCUCUCUCAUAGGCAGGUCACGCUGCGUUGCCGACACCCAGCUCUGCAGACUGGCCGUCUCAUGCACAUUUGGAAUGCACACAGCGGCUGCCUCCUGGCAUUUGUAUCAUAGUCGUCUUGUCAAAGAGUAGCCGAUUUUAGAGUUCUUUUGGAUCACAAACUGGAAGUACUGGUGGAAGCACACGAGUGGAGAGAAGCUGGCGGGAGAGGGUCUUCUCAUCACUGCCCUGUAUGUCCUUGAGACUGGUUCCGGCGUGCUCGCCCGGGAAGGCGCGGGGCCACAGCGAGAUACUGCAUGUCGCCACUCUGCAGAGUGGUGGCACCGCUGCCGUCUUGGUUUUCUCUAGACAACAGAGGAUGUGAACCUUAAAGGAGGAGAGAAUUCUGUCCUUAACCCCACCCUACUCCCCAGUCUGGCUUUGUUUUGUUUUCUUUUGGUUUGGUUUGGUUUUGGAAGACUUAAUUAAUUAGACUUGUGUGUUCUGAACAGAUUUUUAAGUAGCAGGUUGGAUUUUUGUGGAAGUCCAAGGAGUAACGUGUGCCUCUGAGCUUCAGAACUGAAGCUGCUGUAGCUAAAGGAUUAUGAAAAGAGCACUCGGGAAGUAGAGGCCCGUGGUCUUGGUCGCCGUGUAGCAAACACGCACACACAUGAGCAGUCGUGCAUGCCAGGCUGUGUGCCAGCCUCUUGGAUUACUUCGUCCCCAAAAGCAUCCGCGUGGGGGUGCUUGAGGAAACCUUUGCUUACCUUGUUUGUUGGUGACAGGAACAGGGAGGGGGUGGGACACUUGGCCAGUUUUCUGUCCAGCAGCUCAAUGAGUGCCCCCAUUUAAGGUAUAGGACUCAGAAUUUCUUUAGAAAGUGAGGUUAUUCAUAGAAUCCUUGGACUCAUUGAUGAGUCCUUCGUUGAAUCCUACUCACUGAAGCUCAGUCCUCCCUGCCCCAGCCCAGCCUCAGCAGGCUCCAGAGGAAGAUGGUACUGCUGCUGCUGGUCCCAGGUCCACGUGUCUGAGACGCUCCCAAGCAAAGGGAACACACUCUCUGGGGAAACUGGUUGGUGCGUUUGACGUCUCGUGUUUUUGUGGAGAACCGUGAACCAUUGAUGAGUUUGUUGAUGUAGAGCAUUUCCCUACUAGCUGAGAGAGGCCUGUUCCUAGAAGCCGGCUGGUGCCAACAUAUGACCGACCCCUCACCUGCACGGACCAGGCCAGAAUCCUGGAGUCUUUAUGCAGUUGCCCAUCCUUCCUUCUGGACACUGGUGAAGACAGGCCUCAGCCCAGAGCAAAUACAGCAGACCUAGAAAUGUAGCAGCAACUUAAUGUGCGGCUCAGCAUUUACCAAGGGUCCGCUCUAACACGACCCUGUCUCUGUACGUUCUUAGGGUUUGAGGUUUAGAGCAAUAUAGUCUGGUGACAGAAUCCCAGCACAGCCAUUGUGCAUUGUUUUCAAUCAGUAGUGCAUCAGGCAGAUAGCUGCCACGUUACAGAAUCUUGGAAGUGUUCCUAUGAUGAGAUUGAUGAUCAGUUGAGAAAAAUAAUCAUCAUUGCUGCCUACCCAUCUGUGGUUUUCCUGGAAGACGCUUAGAGAGGAGGAGCUCACCCUGACUGGUGAGAGCCGUGGCUGCCUCCUGCUCUGAAGUCUGCGCUUGCACUUGACCUCUCUGGUUGGUCUGGGAAGGUUUGCUCAGUGGGCUUUGUACCGAGUCAGGCCGGCUCAGCCCACAUGAUAGUCUCCAAACCGCCCAGAAGCAGCGCUGGCCUUCUGACCGGUGACCCACUUGGCCCUAGCCUGUCGUCGCCACGCCUGGGCUGAGUGUCCAGCAGGAGGUGGGGUAUGUGCCUUGUUGAAGGAGGGCAAACCUAAGGCCUCUUCAACCAGGUGCGGCUGGGAGGCUUGACAGCUUUUGGUCGUGGCAGCUGACUGAGAGCGCAAGGAGUGUGGCUGUUUGGGAAAGCAUUGUUUCCCUUCCCACAACUGCAAGACGCGUCCAGAGUGGAGGGCCUCAGAGUCACAGCACCCCCUAGCCUCGGGUUCAGGGUCAGCGAGUCCCCUCCUGCUUCAGCCCAUGGAGGUGUCUUCAGAACUCAAAGGAAGGUGAGCCUGUGGUUCUGAACCCAAGAUAACGUGCCAAAACUAGUAACUUUUUUUUUUUUAACCUAGAACCUUUAACAGUUUUGUAAUCAGGCCGGGGGAUUCUCUUUCACAGUAAGUAUGAGACGCAGCACCUGUCUCGGCUUCGGGCCUGGGCUCCUAGUGAUGGGGAAGGCGUUGGUGCUCUGUGGGGCCCACAGAUCUGACUGGGGGGGUGGGGGGCGGGGUUCCUCGGAGGAUUAGUCCUUACUGCUACCUGCUGUGUGCUGCCCUGUAUAAGAAAGAAAACAGUUGGAUGCUAAAUUAACUCGCUGUGGCUUCUCACCUGGGAAGGACGUCCCCCUGAAGACUUGUCUAGCCUGGGGGCAUUGGGUUGUCACUUCUGUGCCACCUGCUAACAGAGAGGAGGAUGCGUUGAGCAAACGACUCGGCCCCCCAGCCUGGACGGCUUCUGUGCUCGUGAUUGGACGUGGCAAGGCGGGAAGGAUGGCUGUGCGCUCCCCGGCGCCUCGCACCCGGCUCCACGCUGGCUUCCUCACAGCUGUUUACAGACCAAGGACGGCCACUGCUCUCGCCAUGUUUGCUCAGAGGGAUAUGAGCAUUUUAUUUUUGAAAAGGGAUGAUGUGUGUUUCUUUUUUUGUGCCAGGCGUUUAUAAUUUAAUCCUUUAAUAUUAUGUCCAUUAACCUCUUAAAAUCAGUGAAUUCUUGAUUGUUUUAACACAGUCCCUAAGACUAAUGCUUUCCGUGGACACUGAGCCCCGCCUCAGGCGCCACGCUCUGGGACCGGAGAGCCACGUUCCUGGCGACUGCUGUCCUCGCAGACACUGAGCUGGCUGUGCCUCUGGAGGAGGAAGACAGUCCUGAGACGGGAUUGUUGUCCCUGCGGGAGGAACAGUGGCCUUGCUUCUAGACGGUCUUCACUGUGUGUUUGCAAACAACGACGACAAUGUAAAACUCUUUUGACCUGUAACUUAAAGAUCAUAAACUUCAGGCAAUAAUAUUUUCUGUGUAAGCUUUUAAAAUUAUUUUUGGGGGAUCAUAGCUUGUUUUAUUUUGUGCUAUAAAAUUAACAGUAUUAAAUGACUUAUAUUCUUAGAAUACAUCGAGUGUCUUUUCUUAACAGAUUUGUGCCUUUUUAUUUUUGUAUUCCAUUUUACGUUACUGGUCCCAGCAUCAGAACCCUUGUUUCCGUGGCCUGUUUGUACAUUGUCUCAAUAAAACUUGCAUCAGCCGGUGGUGGCGGCA